UUCUUAAAAACAUUGUCAGAUUUAUUUUUAUUUACUUUUUACCCCUUUUCUCCCCGAUUUCGUGGGAUCCAAUUAGUAGUUACAGUAUUUUCUCUUCGCUGCAACUCUCGUACAGACUCGGGAGAGGCGAAGGUCGAGAGCCGUGCGUCCUCCGAAACACAACCCAACCAAGCCGCACUGCUUCUUGACACAAUGCCCACUUAACCCGGAAGCCAACCGCACCAAUGUGUCAGAGGAAACAGUACACCUGGCGACCAUGUCAGUGUGCACUGUGGCCGGUCCCCCACAGGAGUCACUAGUGCGGAAGGGGACAAGGACAUCCUUGCCAGUCAAACCCUCACGACGGCGGGCCAAUUGUACGCCACCCCAUGGGUCUCCCGGUCUCAGCCGGCUGCGACAGAGCCUGGUCUCAAACCCAGAAUCUCUAGUGGCACAGCUAGCACUGCGAUGCAGUGCCUUAGACCACUGCACCACUCAGGAGGCCCAGACAGAUUUUUUCUUUCUGUAGAGAUCAGUCGAGAUGGAGAAAGGUUAUCCCGGGGAUGGUACUUCUGCCCCUCACCCAGGACCUCCCAUGACCUAUGGGGGGACAGCCACGGACCAGGGCCCCCAGCCAGGCUUGUACCCCCAGCCCCCAGGCGGAUACCCUGCCUCCCCUGGUCCUCCACAACCAGGGUUCCAGCCUGGUCCCUACCAGGGAGGUCCCCAAGCAGGUGUGUACACACCUCCACCACAGUACACCUCUGGACCAGGUGGACCGGUGCCAGUCGUGACCCAGGUAAUAAUGACUCCUAGCCUGAUGGAGGUCGGAGGUUCGACCAUGUGUCCCCACUGCCAGCAGCACGUGGUCACCAAGACAGAGACCAACACUGGCCUGCUCACCUGGCUCAUCUGUGGUGGCCUCUUCAUUGUUGG